AAAUGUCUGUCUCUGGUCUGUUUUUAAGCAUAAGGAAACCGUGACUGAGUGAUAGGAGAAGCCUCACUCAGCCUCUGAUAGUGCUCAAUACAAUGGCUGACAUGAAGAGUUGUGAAGAAUGGAAACCUUUUAUUGCAAUGAUAGCAGUCGAUUUUGCCUUUGCUGUUGUGAAUAUUCUUCUCAAGAAAAUCCUUGAUGAGGGAAUGGACCACUUGGUCUUUGUUACAUACCGGCUGACAAUCUCUACCAUAUUUUUAGCUCCAAUCGGCUACUUUUUAGAAAGGAAUAGCAGACCAAAGCUCACACUUCGUAUCUUAUGUUACCUCUUCUUCAGUGCAAUCGUCGGGGCAUCGCUGACACAAUACUUCUUCCUUCUUGGAAUUCAAUACACAUCUGCUUAUUUUUCAUGUGCCUUUGUCAACAUGGUGCCAGUGAUCACAUUUCUAAUGGCAUUACCUUUUGGGUUAGAGACUGUGGACAUAAAAUGCAAGAGUGGAAGAGCCAAAGUACUUGGUACUGUGGUGUGCAUUGGUGGUGCAAUACUGUUGACUCUUUACAGAGGAGUGCCUUUAUUUGACCAUUCACACUCACAUGCUGUAACUCAAAUGAUGGAUCAUGCUAUCAAGCUCAACUCUACCAAGAAGACAGAGAGAUGGACACUUGGUUCAAUAGCUUUAGUUGUAGGAACCUUUUUUUGGUCUUCAUGGUUUCUUUUACAAUCAACUAUAGGCAAGAGAUAUCCCUGCCAGUAUUCUAGCACUGCUAUCAUGUCCUUCUUUGGUGCCGUCCAGUCAGCUAUCUUAAGUUUUUCCACAAACAGAAACCUUUCUGCAUGGUCUCUGAAUGGGAAAAUAGAAAUCAUGACUGUCCUUUAUGCUGGAAUAAUAGGAUCCGGCAUGUGCUAUGUUGUUAUGUCGUGGUGUGUCAAGAAAAGGGGUCCAGUUUUCACAGCAGCAUUCAGCCCCCUUGUUCAGAUAAUGGCAGCCAUGUUUGAUAUCCCCAUCCUGCACGAGAAACUUUAUCUUGGGAGCAUUCUGGGAUCAAUCAUUGUAAUUAUUGGAAUGUACAUUCUUCUGUGGGGUAAGAAUAAGGAGAUGAAGGUUUGUCUAACAAAACUAGCCCAAGAAGCUGAAGGGAUCAAGGAACAAGAGCCACAGUUGCAAGUUGUUGCAAUCUCUUGUGAUUCACGGCAACAUUCAGGCCAAGAUGCAUAAUGUUUUUCCAUUCACAAGCAAUUUACUGUCUCCUCCAAAUUUAAAUUUUUCUUGUUACUUUUAUUUUGUUAUCACAAAUUGCUUCCGUACUUUUCAACUUCUCUAUU